AUGGUAUUCACCUGUCAUAUAUUGUGCAUAUCAACUGCUAUUGGUAUGAAUCAAUCUCUUAAUGUCUCUCAUAAGCAACUAGAACAACAACUUCUAACAAGACAUCGAAGGUUUUUUUGGCGCUCAAUUAUUGACGUCAGCCGACGUGACAAGCAUUACAAAACUAAGGAUAAUAGUCCGAUAAUAAUUGCUGAAGGUCAAUCAGCUCCAGUGGACGGAGCAAACAAAUUAUUACAAACUGUUCAACAACAAGCACAUCGUACAGUCGAAGGUGUUACAGAUGCGGUAUUGGCGCCUUUUCAAUGGAUUUCACAUAUGACUUCUUACUGGCCACUCUAUAUAAUAUGUAUUACCAUUAUAUUCGGGUUAAUUGGCUAUUUUUAUUGUUCAUGUCGAAAUGGAGGAGGAAGAAAUAUGUUUCCUAAUACAAAUUAUCUUCCAUUACCAUUCUACAAUCCUCUUCUACAACAGCAACAACAACAACAGCAACAACAACAACAACUUCAAUUACCACCAGAAAAACAACAACAACAUAUGUUACAUUUAACACAUUAA